GGGCCCCAAGCAUUCUCUUCGAGCAGCCUGCCUGCCCUGCUGUGCCUCCUCCUCACUGUUCCUGGGACAGAGCCCUCCCCCCCACCUAGUGAAUGAGCCAUAAGACGUCCUCUACCUUCCGAGCGGAACACAGUUUCCACUCUUCCUCUUCUUCUUCAUCCUCCUCUGCCUCCCACAACCCCCCUGCCCGGGACCUGCCCAUGGAGAAGGCCCUGAGCAUGUUUUCGGAGGAUUUCGGCAGCUUCAUGCGGCCCCGCACUGAGCCUUUGGGCUUUCCAGCCCGAUCUGGGGGCACUGGCAAUAUCAAGACCCUGGGAGACUCUUACCAGUUUGCUGUGGAUGUGAGUGACUUCUCCCCGGAGGACAUCAUUGUUACCACAUCCAACAACCAGAUUGAGGUUCGGGCUGAGAAGCUGGCCCCAGAUGGCACUGUCAUGAAUACCUUCACCCACAAAUGCCAGCUUCCAGAAGAUGUGGACCCCACAUCCGUGACCUCAGCCCUGGGUGAUGACGGGAGCCUCACCAUCCGUGCCCGACGCCACCCACACCCGGAGCAUGUGCAGCAAACCUUCCGAACUGAGAUUAAAAUCUGAGUGGGCCACAGCCCGAAGCCUCCCUGGCCUGCCCAAGGAGAGUGUCUCCUCUACUUGCCCCCCACUAACAGGCCUGCUAGAAAAGCUCUUGUUUUCUCCUCACCCCCAACUCUUGGCUGGGGCUUGGAUGGAGUUCCAGGUUCCAUGUUUUGGAUCUUGGUUCCAGGAUCUCAAUUCCUAGCUUCUUAAUUGCCCAUCCCAACCCUAGUUUCAGCUCCCUCUCUGUGGCCCCUGGUGGGUCACCUCAGAAACCCAGGGCACCAGAUUUAGAUUGGGGUGGGAACUGCGGUCCUCUUUACAACCCCUAAGGCAAAUCUACCCCUGUACCCCAUGUAAGUUCUAGAUCAAUACAUUGGGACCUAUUCUUAGUUGGCUCUGGGUGCUAGAUCUGUAUAGUUCAGAGAACCUUUCCCAACAGGGUGUUCUCAACCUCUGGGGUAAGAAAUUUGUAGGGAAGAGAGAGUUUGAAAGAAAAGACUUCAUUUCUGGAAAUGAGACAACACUGAGACUAAUAGAAAAAGUGCUUAGAGCACCCCUAGGUCCUACCAUGUUCCCAGGUAUUUGAGAGAAACAAAAAUAGGAGUGAGGGGUCCCUCAGUAGUAGUGAAUAAACUAAGAUUCUUCCCCUUUUUCUUAGGACUAGAAGUCAAAUAUGGAUCAAGACCCAUCCAAGGGAACUGGGGAACUCUUGGAAAGACUCUCUUCUCCCAUUUAAUCCCCUGAUAAAUCCUUAAGGGAUUGUAUUUGCCCCAGCAUCCAGUGGAGUGCUAAGUAAAGGAAGAGGCCAGUAGUAACAACCAUCAAUCAACAAGCAAUUAUAAUUAUCUAUUACAUCAUGCCCAUACCCUUCUCCCAUCACCAGGGACCUGUGUCCUCAAAAUAUCCUAGGUCAAUGAAAGAGCCUUGAACUUGAAGUCAGAAGACCUUAGUUCAAAUUCCAGACCUGCUCUCGGUCACCUUGACCAAGUCACCUAACCUCUCAAAGCCUCAGUUUCCUCAGUUGUGUUAGGGUCCGGGAUUUCGCCCACCACCAAGGAAGACCCAUAGACAAUGCAAUCAGGCAAAGGGUCAUUUAUUAUGGGACUGGUGCGCACCAGUGGGAACUUCUGCCAUCAGAGUUCCAAGUUCCCUCCUGAACACUCAGUCUUAAAUACUCUUCAGCAUGUAUAUCCCCCCUCCCUUCCUCCUUCCAGUCCGUUAUCUGUUGCAUACCCUUGUUGGAACAUUGCCGGUAUGUAUGGCUCCCCUCAGCCCUUAUCUGCUACAUACUGUUCUUGACAUUUUCAUGUUACAGGGUCUUUUUGGCCCCGAAGAUUAUCUGUUACCCAUUGCAGCUGGGACCUUGGCAUUUUUGUGGCUCUGAACUUCCAAAGCUAGGCAGUGUUGUGUCUCUGAACUUUCAAGGCUGGGUAAUUCCCUGCUCUGGCCUCCCUCAGUUGUAAGGCAAGUGUAUCAUACUAUCAUAUUCUUAAGGUCCCUUCUUUAGAGGGGAUCCCCAUUCUACAACCUGACAAGCCAGCUGUGCCUUCUUCUGAGCCAUCCUUACAAUCCCCACAGCCUUCACUGUGCUUCCUAGAUCCCAGACAGCCCCCAGCAGUGUUCCAGAUCUCUGGGAGUCUGAACCUCAUCCUGGCCAGAGGAAUAGAAAAGGAUGUGGGGAGAUCUCAGGGUACUAACCCACUCUUAGUGCCUUCUGCUUGGCCGGUCCCAAUCCCACUGUCUCCAGCCUCUCCCAGACUUCUCAGAGGGUUCCUGGCCAACUUCUAUAAACACAGCUAGACAACAAAGUUCCCUUUGCCUUACCAUAUAAUAAGCCUGUGGUGGGGGGAAGAGGAGAGACCCUGGAGAUGGCCACUGGCAGUCCACUUACUGCUGGCAAAGAAGAAGCAGAAGCAGAAGAAGAAUGUAUUGCUUUACAGCAGUCUGCAAAGUGCUUUCCUCCCAAAAGCCCUAGGAGGUAGGUAGUUCAAGUAUUCCUCUCUCCAUUUUUUUCAAAGGAGAAAACUGAGGCUUUGAGUUGGGAUUUACUCAAAGGUCAGUAAUUAUCAGAGCUAGAACUCAAACCUGGGCCUCCUGAUGCCUUUGCUCUACACCAAACUCCAAACUCAUCAUACAAUCUCCUCCCUCUUCCCUCACUCCAACCCAAACUCUGGCUCCCUUGGCUCCCUCUCUCUCCUCCAGGCCUAGUCUAGUCCUAAUACAGUUCCUACCCUGGCUACCAGCUAUGCCCUAGGGCAGGGGAAGCUGCCCAUCCAUGUCCUAUCUGUAUAUAGGGGUUUUUCUAACCUGGGUUGGUUCCUGAUAAAUUAUUUUAUGACUCCUGCUGUCUAUUGCCUAA